GCUAAACCUAGAAAUAUCCACACAUUUAUACAGAGAGAGAAAAAACAGAGAGAAACAGAGAGAGAGAGAGAGAGAGAGAGAGAGAACAGAGAGAAAGAAACACAGAAGCUUAAUCAUGGCUGGUCUGCAAAGAUCUGCGGUGUCUUUCAGGAGACAAGGUUCAUCAGGGCUUGUUUGGGACGACAAAUUAGUGUCUGCUGAACUGAACAACGAUCAAAACCAAGACCCAAAGGCUGCCGCUACUGCUGCUGCCGACAACCUUAACGCAAGAACAACACCACCACCCACCACCACAAUCCAGAGAACCCGCUCCAACGGCUACCGCAUGGGAAAAGUCUCGCCGGCGAUCGACCCUCCCUCUCCAAAGCUCUCUGCUUGCGGCUUCUGCACCGCCUUCUCUAAAACAGGGGAAAAGGGUCGCCCCGCAAAGACCAGCGCUAAGCACCGAUCCAGGUAGGUCUUUUCCGGUGGUCGGAGACGGCUUCCGGGGAGUCUCCAACAAAUUCAUAUAGGUGAAUCGUAGCAGUGGUCUCUGUUUUCUCUUUGGAGUUUUUGCUUGUUUCAUUUUUCAAUUCUCUGUGGUUUGUGAUUGUAAUUAAUUAUGUGUAUAUUUGGUGGAUCGACCUGGAAUUUUGAUCUCUGUACAAAGUAAAUCUCCAAUGAUGUCUUUCACGUUAUUAUGCUUUUUCAAACUCAGCUUCAGUACAUUGAAAAAUCUCAGCACAGUAUAAUCUGGACCAUAAUCAUGAACAGUUUUCUCUCCUCCAUGCUUCCAAAGCAUCUUUGUCCUCUGUGUUGUUUUUUGCUUUGUUCAUUGGGAAUCUGUGAUCAGUUGCAGACAGAAAGAAGGACAGAUAUGGUUAAAUUUCAUGUGAUCGUUUUCUUGUUCCUUCUAUCGUUUGCAUAUGACAGUAGAUUGAUGAAUCAGUGAUUGUAACAGAGAGAAUGGCAUCAUCUAGAAAUGAGUGUUGGUGUGACAGGGAUUGAACAACCCUUUUUGGCUAUACCUAUGAAAAAGUAAUUAGAGUUCUUCUCUUGA